UAUUUGUUGUUUUAGGGUUAGCGGAAAUGGCAAACACAUAAAGUACUUUCAAUGUUAAAUCUCAUGUUCCGCACUAGGAUAGAUAACUCACGUGAAAUACAUCGUUGAAGUGGUAGGUGUUAAUGGGUAGGGCUUGCUGAGAUCAUAUCAUCAAUGGCUACUUCACGAUCUUUAGAGAAAAAACUGGACCAGAAGGUGGCGUUAAUCACAGGUGCUAGUUCAGGGAUAGGUAGAGCCACUGCUGUGUUGUUCUCACGCCUGGGAGCGAGGCUAGCUCUGACUGGAAGGAACCAAGAAAAUUUGACAAAAUCUGCUGAAGAAUGUGAAACAGCUUCACCUUAUAAUCUAAAGCCUUUGUGUAUCGUCGGUGAUUUAACCAUAGAAUCAGAUAUUGAGCGAAUUAUGAAGUCAACAAUUGACACCUAUGGAAGACUGGAUAUUCUGGUUAACAAUGCUGGUAUGUUAGCAUUAGACUCAGCUCAAAAAGGUUCUUUGGAGACACUAGAUUUAGUGUGGAAAACCAAUGUUCGAGCUGUCUAUCACUUGACGAUGCUAGCUGUUCCUCACCUGAUUGAAAGUAAAGGUUCCAUCGUCAACGUUUCGAGCAUUCUCAGCAAAAGGGGAUAUGCAACAACCCUUUCCUAUACCAUGUCGAAAGGCGCCAUAGAUCAGUUUACCAGGAGUGUGGCAUUAGAUCUUGCUCCUCGGCAUGUUAGAGUCAACUCAGUAAAUCCUGCAACUAUAGAAACGAACAUCUACUCAGCUGUUGGAGCAGACGUAAAGGAAAUCAUGGAAGAGGUAGCACGUUCUUAUCCACUUGGUCGUGGGGGACAACCGGAAGAGGUCGCCACUGCCAUCGCUUUUCUCGCUUCUGACGAGGCUUCGUUUAUAAGUGGAGAAACCCUUGUGAUCGAUGGCGCUAGAAUCGCCUCUUGCUAAUGUCUGCAUUAUUAUUUCUUCAGUAAUAAACUUUUUACAGUAAAUAAAACAUUAGUUGCUGAUUA